UGAAUAAAUAGAAGAGGUAGUGGUUAAGACUGAAGACAACUUGCAAUCACCACUUCCACCCCCACUGAUGGCUCAAAACCUGACAUUUGCAACGAAUUGUGUGACAAACCCUCAAACCCUGACUCCUCCGGCCUUAACACCGGUUACCACAAAUCUGACCAUUAGUUCAAACGGCAAUAACACUGCAAACACUGAUCAACAAAAUAAGAACAAAGGAUCAGAAAGUGGUUCUAUGACUGGAAUUGAGGAAAUGGAUUCAAUAAUGAUGAUCAUGGAGUGGAGGGACGGAAUCGGAACACUGCCCGGAAGUGAUCUGAAAUUCCGAAUCGACGAAUUCGGACAUUUGGAUAUGGUUCAAGAAUAUGAUCUGGAAGUGGAGGCUUCGACCACUAAUGGUGUCAAACAGGAAGUGAACACUUCAGAGAAAAACAGUUCUCAAGAAUCGGACAAAACGGAAGUGAAAGAUGAAGCGAAAGAGAGCAAUGAAAGCGAAUCAUUGCUUAAAUGUAUAAAUUGUGGCCAAAGAGGUGCGGCCAACACAUUCUUAAGACAGGGACGCUUUUGCAGCAAAGCGUGCGCUACACUCGUGUCCACCGACCUCAAGCUGUUGACCAAAAGAAGCACUGAAUUGUCUUCACUUAAGGCACAGGAAGACGAGAAGAAGUCUGAAGUGAACAACUCGGAAGUGAUUAAGUCUCGCAAACAAAUUAUCGAACCAGUCGUCUAUCAAACCGAAAAUAGCAACCAAACCAUUGAAGGCGAUGAGAGUACUGAAGAUACCAACGAAGAAGUGGAGGACGUGGAGACAAAUGCCGGAAAAUUUGUUGAGAACGUGGUUAGUAUGGCCUUCUCGUGGCGGCAAUACUUAAACAAAACCAAUUCAACGGCAGCUCCGGUCAAGUGUUUCACCAAAAGUCAAACCUUUCCCGAAAUGAAAAACAACUUCAAAGUUGGCAUGAAGUUGGAAGGGGUUGACCCCCAACACCCCUCCAAGUUCUGUGUUCUAACAGUUGCCGAAGUGUUGGGUCACAGAAUCCGAUUGCAUUUCGACGGAUAUAAGGAACUCUUUGACUUUUGGGUUAAUUAUGACAACGAUUUCAUAUUUGCGGCCGGAUUUUGUGAACAAACAAAUCGCAAAUUAGAGCCACCGGUCGGUAUCAGUGAUGAUGAGUUCAAUUGGAAUCAAUAUUUACAGCAAACGCGAGCCGUGGCGGCGCCCAAACACCUCUUCUCGUCUUCCAGUUCUCAUCAAUCGCUUCCUCCCAACGGAUUCCAAAUAGGAAUGAAGUUGGAGGCCGUCGAUAGGGCUAACACUGCUCUCGUAUGUGUGGCCACUAUUGCAGAUAUUAUUGACAAUUGGCUUCUCAUUCAUUUUGACGGAUGGGAUGACAGUUACGACUAUUGGGCCGAAACUACAUCUCCAUUCAUUCACCCGGUUAACUGGUGUCGCACAAAAGGUCGGUCUCUGACUCCACCGAAAGAUUAUUACCGAUCGAGUGAGAAGUUUUCGUGGGAGGAGUACCUCUCGGAAUCCAAAUCACACGCAGUCUCUCCCCGUUUGUUCAAAACCCGGUCCUCCAAUAACUUCAAAGUGGGCCUCAAGUUGGAAGCGGUCGAUAAACGCAACCCCAGACUGGUUCGGGUUUGUACGGUAUCGCACCGGCAGUCCCAUUGCAUUAAACUUCAUUUCGACGGUUGGGAUGAGAAAUACGAUUAUUGGGUCGAUGACGACCUUCCAGACAUACAUCCUGUCAAUUGGUGUCAUAAAACUGGUCAUCCCUUACAACCGCCCCCACCUUCAGACUUAAAGGCUAUAAAAGAGAGACCGGAAGGAAUGGCGUUAUGUCCGACACCGGGAUGUCUAGGGAUGGGUCACAUACGGAGUUGCAAAUAUGGAAAUCACAGUUCAGUGGUGAGCUGUCCCUACACUGACUCCAGACUCGAAUACGAAUUGCCGGAUAGACUCGGAAACCGAAACACAGACGGAAUGGCCACCGAAGACCCGGAUGAGAGUCAAGUGUCUCCAUCACAGUCUCCCUCCCCUUCGGAUUCCAAUUCUAUAAACUCUGCACAAAAAAGUCAGAAAAGUGUGAAAAGCCAGCAAAUGUGUGGCACUAAAGCGGGCAGAAAACGCAAACUGGGGUCCAGUCCGUCGAACGGUGCUAACGAUGCUAACGGUGCUAACGGUCCCGUCUCCCCGAGCACUAACUCAGAGUCGGCCAAACACUCGCGUCCUUCCACUCCCUCAUCCAUAACCAACUUGUCUUCACUCCAACACUCGAUAUUCGCGAUGCGGAUGAGUCAACAACAACAGGAGGCGCCCGUCUGUUGGGACCGACACUCGAAGACUACAUUACCCGGUAUUGACAAAACCAAGUCGAAGGAAGUGUUGUCGUGGACGCCCACCAAAGUGUCCGAUUUCAUCGACCAAAUUCCCGGCUGCGAAUCCGUCGGACAAGUAUUUGCCGAACAGUUGAUCGAUGGCGAGGCGUUUCUACUGCUCAAUCAGAACGAUAUCGUCAAAAUCCUGAACCUCAAGUUGGGUCCCGCCAUCAAGAUCUUCAACAGCAUUCUCGUCAUCCGUGACAAUGCCAUCAAUGAAGACAAUGUCUAAGUUUGACAUUAAUUUUCGCAU